AUGUUGAUUAAAUCGCCACAACCGCACGCGCGUAAGCCGAACUCCGCGCCUCAGUCGAGCUGUUUACUGAAAGCGAUGUGGUGCGAACUUGAACUCUUCGGCACGCUCAACUGGUGGGCGAUCCGAACGGCGCCUCGCCGUCUACUGCCGCGUUGGAGUAUCGCACAACGGACCGGGCUACGGAACCCGCCGCCGCUGGGU